UUGGCGGAUUAGAAUGUUAUUAUUGCUUUCGCUCUCACUCUGAACUCUAUCCAUUCUCGUUCAUACAAACUAAUUCAUAUCUGUAUGUUUUCAUUCUACAAUCUGCAAAACACAGUUGAUUCUGAGCAUAUCAUUUUGUUGAGUUAAUGGAUAGAAACAAUUAUAAUGAUUUUAGUCAAGAAGCUGAUAUUGAGAAUGACGGCGGAAGAGGUGGUUGUGGUGGUGUUGGUGUUGGUGUUGUGGAUGAACGAAAUGAGAGCAACGUGUCGUCGUAUAUACAGAGAGAAGCAGCCCUGACAGAGGUGUUACUGAAGAGUAGAGUCAAUAAUACUUCUCAGAUUGCCAUCAUUGGGGCUAAUGUUUGCCCAAUCGAAAGCUUAGAUUACGAGUUUGUUGAGAAUGAAAUCUUUAAGCAAGACUGGAGAUCUAGGAGAAGGGUUCACAUUAUUCAGUAUCUUUUUCUCAAAUGGACACUUGCCCUUCUCAUUGGGUUAAGCACUGGUCUUGUUGGCUUCUUGAAUAACCUAGCAGUCGAGAAUAUUGCUGGUUACAAGCUUCUGCUCAUUGGCAAUCUGAUGCUUAAUGAUAAGUAUUAUCAGGCAUUUGCAGCAUUUGCAGGACUGAAUAUGAUUCUUGCUAUUUGUGCUGCGGCACUCUGUGCAUUCAUUGCCCCUGCGGCCGCUGGGUCUGGCAUACCUGAGGUGAAAGCAUAUCUGAAUGGUGUAGAUGGUCAUUCCAUUUUGGCUCCGAGUACCCUUUUUGUCAAGAUUUUUGGUUCCAUUUUUGGAGUUUCUGCUGGAUUUGUUGUGGGUAAGGAAGGACCCAUGGUACACACUGGUGCCUGCAUAGCCAACUUUCUUGGACAGGGAGGCUCUCGCAAGUAUCAUUUGACUUGGAAGUGGCUCAGGUACUUUAAAAAUGAUCGAGACCGAAGGGAUUUGAUUACUUGUGGGGCUGCUGCUGGUGUCGCUGCUGCUUUCCGCUCCCCUGUUGGAGGUGUUCUUUUUGCUCUUGAAGAGGCAGCUUCAUGGUGGAGGAGUGCGCUUCUUUGGAGGACUUUCUUCACAACUGCUGUUGUAGCUAUGGUAGUGAGAUCUCUAAUAGAAAUUUGUCGGAGUGGAAAAUGUGGAUUAUUUGGACAGGGAGGUUUGAUCAUGUUUGAUGUCAAUUCAGCAGAUCCUUCUUAUAAUACUCCAGAUCUACUCGCCAUUAUGUUAAUUGGGGUUCUUGGAGGCAUUUUUGGAAGCCUUUACAAUUAUCUUGUAGAUAAGGUCCUUAGAACGUAUAGCAUCAUCAACGAGAGAGGUCCUGUUUUCAAGGUUCUACUUGUCAUUACAGUUUCCCUUCUGACUUCUUGUUGUGCCUUUGGCCUUCCUUGGCUUAUAAAGUGUACGUCCUGCCCCAUCGGCAUGGAGAAGGAAUGUCCCACCAUUGGCCGCUUCGGAAAGUACAGAAGUUUUCAAUGUCAACCAGGAUACUACAAUGAUCUGGCCUCCAUUUUCCUCAACACCAGCGAUAAUGCCAUCCGCAAUUUAUUUAGUUCAACGAAUGAAGAUGAAUUUAAACUCUCUACACUAUUUAUUUUCUUUGUUGCUAUUUAUUUUCUUGGUAUCGUUACUUAUGGAAUUGCUGUCCCUUCUGGACUCUUUAUUCCUGUCAUACUCGCUGGAGCCUCAUAUGGGCGCUUUGUUGGGAGACUUUUGGGUUCGACCUUGAAUCUUGAUGUUGGUCUCUUUGCUCUUCUUGGAGCCGCCUCCUUUCUUGGUGGCACCAUGAGAAUGACGGUCUCGCUUUGCAUUAUACUCCUGGAACUUACCAAUGAUCUAUUAAUGCUGCCAUUGGUGAUGCUUGUUCUUCUUAUUUCGAAGACUGUAGCUGACAGUUUCAACAAGGGGGUCUAUGACCAAAUAGUGGAGAUGAAGGGUUUGCCUUACAUGGAAGCGCAUGCUGAACCAUACAUGAGGCAGCUGGUCGCUGGGGAUGUAUGCUCAGGUCCGUUGAUUACAUUUUCUGGUGUCGAGAAAGUGAGUAAUAUAUUGCAUGCUCUAAGGAUGACAGGACAUAAUGGGUUUCCAGUUAUUGAUGAGCCACCAUUCUCAGAUGCACCGGAACUAUGCGGGUUGGUUUUGAGGUCUCACUUACUUGUUUUGCUAAAAGGAAAAAAAUUUGCAAAGAAUCAGGUAUUGACAGGAUCAGAAUUUUUAAGGAUGUUUCAUGCCUUCGAUUUUGCUAAACCAGGAUCUGGUAAGGGGCUUCAUUUGGAGGAUUUGGACAUCAGUGAUGAUGAAAUGGAGAUGUAUGUUGAUCUCCAUCCAGUUACAAAUACAUCUCCUUACACAGUAGUAGAGACUAUGUCCCUUGCCAAAGCUUCAGUCCUCUUUCGACAACUUGGUCUCAGACACUUGUGUGUCGUCCCAAAGACACCUGGGAGACCUCCAAUUGUAGGAAUCUUGACACGGCACGACUUUAUGCCAGAGCAUGUGUUGGGACUCUACCCGCAUAUUAUUCCUCACAAGUAGCUACACAGGCAAGUGAACGUUAUUCGGUCCAUCUGCUCGAUCACUUGACAUUUUUAUCUGUCCAUGAACUUUGGCUGGCUUAUUGCAAGGAUUCACUUCCAACAAUCAUAUGCACAUUCCUUCAGAUUUAUCGAGCUCGUAGACAAAUAUUAUGGUGUGAUUAUUGUAUAAAAGCGAACCUUUUAUUGAACUUGGCAAUUGGGUUGGUUCAAGAUAAGAUCAUCUUGGCUGGCGUAAUAAUUUCUUCACCGUAUUUCAAUUUUGUUGUGAACUGUAGACUCUUAAUUGACUGUUGCAAAAGGUUGGCAUUUUGGCAAGCUGAUAGAAAAAUAUUCAUAAAAAUUUCUGUAUGGAUGUUUUUGAAAUUGAAUGAGAAAAUGUCUUGUGCGA